CCGCCUCUUUCUUUUUUCUGUCGUUUGACCUCUUUCGAUCCAGAAUCUAACGAAUCCCUCGUAUCCGCAUCGUCUGAAUCUGCUAACCGAUCGGACAAAUUUGACGUAAUAAGCCGAAUGACGACGAAGUAGGAUCAGCCGCAAUCCGUGGAGAUCGGAUGACUUCUAAGCCAAGUCAGUGGUUAGUGUGGUAAAAGGGGGAACGCCUCGUCUUAGGACGCGGCUUUCCCCAUAAGCCACGAACCCGCAGGAGAACAGUAUGGGCAAAAAUACCCUCGACCUGAUUAUUCUUCUAGUUUAAUGAUGGUUGCUGACUGGACGGGAAUUCGAGGCGCACUGGGGUCGGAAGCGGCUGGUGGAUGCGCGACGGCAAAUCGAUCGCUGCGUUUUCCCAAGGAUUCUCUCGGUGCAGCCACCUCCCGACCGAGGAGCUUGUUCGAAGAAACUCGCGAGCUAACUAAAAUGUGCCUCUGGUAACGAUCUGCUUGAUCACCAUGGACCGGUGCCUAUUCCUCCAAGUCUAGACCAUCUCGUCAGGUUCCCUUCCAACCCCACUGCGACCUUGCUUCAGGCAGGACGCUGUCGAUCGUGACAAAAGGGCGCGUUUAUCUUGCGGACAGAGAAAUACAAGGUACAUUGUGGAUAUACCUAAUUGGUAUACCCAUCACGUUCCAUACCACUCACGGUAUUUCGAUUGGUCAACGAAGACUGCGCAGUCUUGUGGUAGCUAGUACAUACACUAUUACACGCGAGCUGAUCCGCAUGAACGACUGCUGGAGACGGAGGCAUGGGAGAUCAUUGGGCCCCAGGCUCAAGGCCUAUCGAGUAAUAUUCGAUCAAGACGGUCAAUAAUAGGUCUAGUUCCGGCUAGAUAGUCACCGGAGCAAAGGCAGGAUUGACAUUUGGACUGGGGAGAAGAGAGAGGGAGAGAGAGGACCGCAAGGCUCUUGGCUUGGUUCCUCUCCCCCUCUCGUUCUCGUUUAAUUUGGAAGCAAGUGGUGAAUCUCGUACACUAAGAGAAGAAGGUUUGCUUCAGGAUCGAGGAUGAUGCGACAUCUACUGUCAGAUAUAGGCUAAGUAUCCUAUAACACAAGAAGACCGUUGUGGUACGUAGUUAAUACAUGGAAUGCCUCGUGGCACGUUGAACGGUAAACAGGCACGUCGUCAUCGCUGGUUGUUUAAUCAGCUGAUCAUCUGACCCGGCCCUCACCGCACGGAGUAACGUCUUAAGUACAUCAAUACUUCGAUACUCUCAAAAAAUUCAUGCGUACCUGUAGAUGCCUUCCAAAUUUUUAUAGUUAUGUAGCCGUGUGGUUGACUCGAACGCAGUCUAUCGAUUGAACAUGUUCCUGUUAUUUCCCACUGACCGAACUCACAUUAGGCACCGGCACGCUACGUCAUACCUUUCCCCCCGGAGACGGACCAUCUGCGAAAGAGUCCACUUUUUCCUCCCUCCUUCCAUCCACUGGGCGAUCCCACGCAGUUCGGCCGGCGGGUACUGACGCCAGUUUCCAGACUUUCCACGGUUUCCCAGAGUAGUCACGACGCUUUGCUUGUUCCCUCGAUCCCCGAACACCCCCAACCACCCACCAUCACCCAGAACCACACAACAACCACUCCACGCCGCUCGAUUGUUGACUCCCUCUCAUUCACCACCUCCCAUCUCGUCUCAUAUCUCCUCUUGACAGUACACCGCCCGAACCUUAUUACCUCGUCUCGAAAUCCCCCAGAUUCUAAAUCGAUCCAACUCGCCUGUCCUUCGCAACCUAUAAUCAUCGACUUCCGCCUUUUGCUUUUCGAUAUCGGCUGCCUCGCCUUUUUCCCCUCCACGCCCCAAGAGGCUUCCCCAGACGGAUCGCUUUGGCCAAGACAUGAUCACCCGACUUGACGCCUGCGUCUGUAUUGCUCAGGAGUAUUGAAUCGCUUUUUGGACGGAUCGGUGGAGGCGCGAGAAUGGGAGACGUGCAUAGCAGGAGAAGCCCUCCAUUGCCUUCACCAACGGAAACCGUGUCGCCCGUGGCCGUGCCUCAACCUCCCCACUUGCAGCCAGCCCAGUCCCUGUCGAGCUACCAAAUCGCCGAUCAUAAUCAUGCGAGCAAGUUAUCGAUGGACGGUAUCGUGAACAGCGUGGAUCGCUCAUCGAAAGCAGCACCUCGCAUGCAUUUCUCACGGGAAGACUCUGCGGAUCAGCAAAAUGGCCUGACACCGAUUACCGAAGACACACGAUCGGAAAGUGAGCGACAGGAAGAACAGGGACGGAGUUCGCAAACAUUAAAGGAACUGCGCCGGCAGAUGGAGGAGCUGUUGGUUUAUCAGCAAAUGCAGCAACACCAAAGUCAUACUUCGGCCUCGAAUCAAAUUGCUUCUGGCCAUGCAAACGAAACCCCAAAGAAACGUCGACUAUCCAGCGCCACCACGGAAAUUCCACCCACAAUUAUUCAACCAUCGUCGGGCUCGGUCGGAUCUGGAGGGACGAUCAAGGCUGACGAUAGUUAUGGCACAACAUCUACAGACCACGCGGUUUCCCAAACGCCCUCCUAUCCCUUCCCAAGGAUUCAGAACCAAGCCACCACGCAAUCCGAGCUUGAGCAAACAGGCCGCCAGGGUCAAUUUCGGUUGAAGUUGCCUUCGGAGCGGCUUCGAUCAUCGACACCGGUAUCACAAACUUCCGAGGACCAGCAGCCUGCCCCGAGGACCCGCAACGCACAGCCUCUAUUUCUGCCGCCCCAAAGCAGUCACCCCGCCGAUAAUCCCGAAUUCCCGACUCCCAGCUUAUACGAUUUAUCCCUCAAAUUGAAUGCGGACCCGGGACUGGAAGCUUGGUGGUCUAAUCUGAUUGAAAUCCUACAAGCUCAUUAUGGCGCAGAGCGCGUGUCACUAGCCGUUCCAGGUGAUCGUACUGACCUUGAGAAUGUCCCCUGGGGCCAGAAAGCAAUCUUCAACCAGAAUGUAACAUCAAUGCCUGAGGAUGCGCAGACAUCUACGGUUCCCGCCAGCACGUUGUCGGAGUCGACUGUUGGCACCCGACCAUAUCAUGAUGAAAUCUCUCAAGAUCAGGCUCCAUCAUUGGCUCCCAACUUGAAGAGUCCUAUAUCCGCCCGCCCACCGUUGGAAUCGCGCCACUCAUUUGCUGGGUUUGGAUUCGGUAAAAGAUCGACCCAAACUUCAGAAUUGGACCGCCACCAGCAGACUCCAAAGGUUCCUCUCAAGUUGGAGAAAAAGCACGCUCGUAUCGCCGGAACGUCCAGUCUGGCGGAGACGACGGUGGCUUCGAGCAGCCAAAGACAAUCAACCGCACAGUCUGAACUGAACGACCCACCGCAUACAGCGGCCUCCCCAUUGCGACACGCCGUAUUCCCGAUCCCGAGGCCACUGGAGGUGGAGUCGGACCCUCUGGUCAAGCGGGCUGGGGUAGUCAAGCUAUUCGGACGGACCACCCCUGUUGUGCUUACCCGUGAGUACUCCGCAGACACAAUUGAUAACCAAGUGGGCGGAAACAUUUUACCCCGGACUCCGAACGAGACCGUUCAGAUGACCCCAAAUGCCGAUGGUCCCGAACAACACACGUCUACUAUUCAUGGGCAGAGUGCACCUCCAAUAAGCUUUGGCGUAGCUGGAUUUCGGCAGUAUGACGAAUAUGAGCAAGUUCCGCAGUCGCCUUGGUCGCAAUCCCCGGCACCUUCACCCGCUCCUCGAACACAUGCGGACCAAAACCCUUUCUUCACGUGUCACACUGUCGACGAAGGUGCGUUCUCAAAACACCCGCCUCACCAUGAUUACUCCAACUCGCAACCCUUGGAGGCCAUCGGCAUCGACUAUUCGAAGACGGUUGUCCACAUACCUUUGAUAUAUGGUGGCCAUGUGACUCAAGGCUCUCACUCGACUUUGAGGUUUCCGGUGGCCAUCAUCUCCAUGCUCUCUACAAUUGUGCCAUAUCCACCGAAUCUUCGCCAAUCCCUCGCGCACCUUAUGCCGCACCUCACAACAUCCUUUGGUCUUGCACAACAAUAUAGUCAGCUGGAGCGACAACUGACAUCCAAAGUGGACACUCCUCGGUACGGACACCUUCUUGGACUCGGUGGCACGUUUUCGGAUGCGAGCAGUGAAUUGGAGCUCGUGGCGGGUCUUAGCGGUCAUGUGAGCUAUUCAGUUGGCGAUGACAGCUCCAUGUCUGCGCAGGCCAGUAUUGCUAGUCCUAGCGAUCGAUCGUCGAACAAAUUCAGUCCCGCCAUAUCCAGCCUUGGUACGCCUGGAUUUGAGCUUGGUCAGGUCAUGUUGAAUUCGGCAACUCAAUCUCCAGCCCUAAUCUCUCGUGCUGGAGAUAACACGGACAGUUACUUUAAUGUCCAACAUACGAGGGCGGCUCGUGACAAUCUUCCCAAUCAGCGAUCCCGUCUUUCGAAAUCAAAGUCCAGUCUCGCGUCCCCGACCCCAACAUCCCCAGGCAGGUUGACAGGCAAAGCUGGUGCGGCGGAAGAGGGCAACAAUGGUCCAGAUCCACCUUCAGCCGUCGCAUCACCAUUGCAAGAGAUGCGACCGCCAUCAGUCUUGUCUCCAACUCAGCAGUCAUCACGGCAAGGGUCAACGAAUUCCUUUUAUGCCCAAUUUCAGCGAGAGAUACCCCGUCCUUUCUCAGACACAAUUGCGCAGUUAAUGCUUAAUUCCGUUCCUCUUCAUAUCUUUCUGGCGAAGCCUCAAAGCGGCGAAGUCAUCUGGACUAAUGCCAAGUUUGACGCGUUUCGGAGGAGUAAACCCCAGGAGCAGCGAUUACGAGAUCCCUGGCAGAAUAUCCACAGCAGUGAAAGGGAUCAAGUAUCCAGCGAGUGGUCCAAUGCCCUACGUACGGGAUCUCAGUUUACUGAACGGGUUCGCGUACGACGGUUCAACGACGAGACUGCUUAUCGGUGGUUCAUCUUUCGAGCGAACCCUCUGUUGUCGUCGACGGGUGAGGUUCUGUACUGGAUUGGCUCCUUCCUUGAUAUUCACGAACAGCAUUGUGCUGAGUUGAAAGCGACUCAAGAAAGGGAAAAGUUUGCCACUGACGCGAAGUACCGAGCAUUUUCCAAUUCAAUUCCACAGGUUGUCUUCGAAGCCACAGAGAACCGGGGAUUGAUCUUCGUCAACGAGCAGUGGAACUUGUACACGGGGCAAAGCCUCGAAGAGGCCCUGAAUCUCGGCUUCGCGAAGCAUGUCCACCCCAAUGAUCUCGAGAAAUGUGGGGGGCUUGCCACGCAAACGAUGCUAGCGACCCAAGGCGAUGAAGCUUCAUCAACGACAGAUGGCGGACAGGCACGCUCACCUUCCGAAAACCAUGGAGUCUCCUCUGCACUUGAUGAACUUGUGAGACGCGGCGUGGCUUCAUUGCAAAAGGAUGAGAAUGGACGUGUUUUCUACUCCACUGAGAUUCGCCUGCGGUCCAGGGGUGGUGACUUCCGGUGGCAUCUCGUGCGCCUCGUCCGAGUUGAGACCGGCAGUUUCGGUAGCGAGGAAGCCUCAUGGUACGGCACAUGUACUGACAUCAACGACCGAAAGAACCUCGAGCGGGAGCUCAAUAAGGCAAUGACCCAGCUCAAUAAUCAGAUGGAAUCCAAGACGAAGUUCUUCAGCAACAUGUCUCACGAAAUCCGAACCCCUCUCAAUGGCAUUCUCGGCACCAUUCCGUUCAUCUUGGACACCCAGCUUGACACCGAUCAACGACGAAUGCUUGAUACCAUUCAAAACAGCUCCACCAAUCUCCGAGAAUUGGUUGACAAUAUUUUGGAUGUUUCCCGCGUUGAAGCUGGCAAGAUGUCGAUGGUCAAUUCCUGGUUCCACGUUCGGUCGAUGAUCGAAGAUGUGAUUGAUACUGUCGCCUCGCGAGCCAUCGACAAGGGCUUGGAGAUCAACUACUUGAUGGAGGCAGACGUCCCCUCCAUGGUGAUUGGCGAUCGGUUCCGGAUCCGUCAAGUUCUCAUCAACCUAGUGGGCAAUGCUGUCAAAUUCACCGCGCACGGUGAGGUCUACAUCUAUUGCAAUCUUUCCAAUGAAACCUCGGGGAAACUCAAGAACACCGAAGCAUUUUUGAAUUUCGACGUCGUGGAUACUGGUAAAGGUUUUAGCUCACAGGACGCCGAGCGUCUCAUGCAACGAUUCAGUCAAAUAGGCGAGAACGGCUCCCAGCAACAUGCUGGUAGCGGCUUGGGCUUGUUUUUGUCGAAGCAGCUUGUCGAAAUGCAUGGUGGCAAGCUCACCCCGAGUAGCAAAGAAGGCCAAGGGGCCCAGUUUUCCUUCAAUGUCAAGGUUGAUGCUCCACCGCCUCCAUCGCCAUCCGAACGGCCCUCGCUACUGCGUCAGGCUUCCACUAUCUCGAGACGACCGGCAACCUCUAGGACAACGUCAUAUGAACAAAGCAGUUCAUUGGGACCGAAUCCAGCUCUGAAUUUCGCGACACUCUCACCUGAAUUCGAGUCGCCGGAGUUUGAUCUUGGACCAAGAAGCUCGUUCCCGCUCUCUGCAGCGUCAUCUGCUUUGCCAACACCGGAUAUUUCUACAGCACACUCGCCACCUGUUGCUGCGUCUAGAGUCCAGCCUCAGAGCAAUUCCAAGGAGGGAACACCAACUGUGCCAGUUCGUCUGGUUCCGCCACCUCGUCCGGGCUCUUCAUCUCCAAGUAGACUUUCAAUUGGGUCGCCACCUGUGUCUCCGCAGGGGCCUUUCUCCAUCAUCAUUUUAUGCCCCUUGGACAAUACUCGCAAAGCCACCAAGCAGCACAUUGAACAAGUCGUUCCAUACGAGAUCCCAUUCACGAUCACGACGUUACCGGACAUUGACGAAUGGAAGGACAUGAUGCAGCCCGGAUCUAGGACUCCCUGCACCCACUUGGUUCUCAACCUGCCCGCGACAGAUGACAUCUUGGAGGUCAUCCAGCACGUGUCUCAAUGCGAUCCGGAGACCGCCCCUGUUGUCGUGAUAAUCUCGGACUUGUAUCAGAAACGCCAGAUCAGCACCCGCGUCAAAGAGUUGGCCGCAAGGGGAAAGCAAGUGUUCAUCGUGCCGAAGCCCGUCAAACCCUCUGCCUUCUCCACUAUCUUUGACCCAGAUAGCAAACGUGAACUGAGCAAAGACCGCAAUCAGGACAUGGCGCGAGAAAUCAACAACAACUUCAAAACCGUGUCCAAGAUGGUCAAGGAGGUGCUCGGCAACAAGGGCUACCGGAUUUUGCUUGUUGAGGAUGACGAAACCAACCGCGAUGUCAUGCUGAAAUACUUGGACAAGAUCAAGCUCAUGUCCGAAACUGCUUCGAAUGGGCAAGAGUGUACUGACAUGGUACUUUCCAAAGAACCAGGCUACUAUUCUCUCAUCAUUUGCGAUAUCCAAAUGCCUAUCAAGAAUGGAUAUGAUACGUGUCGAGAGAUUCGUGCUUGGGAACAGAGAAAUCAUUAUCCUCAAAUCCCGAUCAUGGCUCUGUCGGCCAAUGCGAUGACAGACCAGAUUGAGAAUGCUGCCCGUGCUGGGUUCAAUGACUACGUCACGAAACCCAUCAAGCAUAACGAGCUGGGCAAGAUGAUGAUGGGCUUGCUGGACCCUAGCCGACCCCUUCAGCUCCUUCGGGAUCGCCUUGGCGGAGGAGGUGAAUCUUCUCCCUCUAUCGGUCGCUAGGACUUACCUUUCUCUUUGCACAACCACCCCUCUCCGUCGAAUCAUCAUCACCAAUCCUUUACUUUGCGCUCUGGUGACACUCUUUCUUCACCCUCCUACAUCUUCUCUCAGCAUUCGAACGGUCCCCCUUUCCCCCCUCCUCUGGUUCCCUCUUCAGUACAUGAUUGACUGAUUGAGUUUCUGGCUUUUGUUUGUUUUUUUUAAUGAUUAUUACGGUGCAACUACACGGGGCUCGGAACGGUAAAGGUGGCAUAUGAGCUUCUCGAGGAUGAGGGCAUACACAACACCGGCGCGAGCUACAUGCGCGUUUGCGAUCUUUUAUCCUCAUCACAUCGCGCUAUCUGCAUCUGCAUCGGGCGUUGGAUCGCUGGUGCACUUUCAAGCAUCUAUUCGUGUUUACCUCGCUCGAGGAGCGAGGGGUAUUCAUUCUUGUAUUAUCGAUUCCCUCUAUCAUCGUGCCCUUGCGGUGACGUUGAUUUUUUUUUUUUGAUCUCGAGCGCAUGGCGUCAGUACCCGGAUCUGGUUGCUGUGCUUAUAUAUUUUCCCCCUUCUCUUAUCUUUCUGGGCCUCGCUUUGUUUCCUUCUUCUCUUGUGAUACCAGAUGGCGAGCGCAUAACGACAUUGAUCUUUACGUCUGGAUCUGUAUUUGUCAAUAAUCCAACAUUCACCGUUCUAUCUCCUCUCGUCUAUAUUUAUAGAAGUUUAGAUGAUGUUAGGAAAAUACCAGACAGUCUUUAGGGCGUUUGGCAUAGAUCAACCGGGCUUGUCCCCUUGAUGAUAGAAAUCACCCAAAGUCGUCUUUCUAGAACGAUGUAAACG